AUGAAACCGAUUGUGGUUUUAUUUCUUUUGCGGAUUAUUUUCGUCACACUUGUACAAGCUGACGAGCUUGAAAGUGUACAUCCGACCCAGGCUCCUCCAUUUAAUCCAAACGUGGAUAAUUUCACAUUGGCCGGAUUGACCAGGAAGGAAUGGGAAGGUCCAUAUUACCAGGAGGCGCUUCUAGGAAGCAUGAUCUAUUUGCCCUGUGCGUUGACACCCCGUGUUAUGCAACGACUGUAUAAAAUGCGCAAAUUAGCUUCCACUGAAAAAUACUAUUGGUCCUUGCUAUGGGUUCAUCAAAAUUGGGAAAUGGUUAUAGAUCCGUGGGUGGGAGAUGGACGGCGAGGUUACAACCGAAUGCCAGUAAUUCCCUACUGGAAAACUGACUUGAGCGUGCCCUUGGAAGAGGCUCGACUGAUGAUUCGCGAUGCGAAACCCAGUGACAACGGAGUGUACGCCUGUGUGGUAGCUAUGUAUCCGCCGGAACAGGGUUUGGCCCCAGUUGUUUUAAGCCAAGCGGAACUGGUCAGUGUCCACUUUUUACGUAUUAAAUCAGGUCGGACGCCUGCCAGCGAGUGCCGACAACCGAGAUAUGCGGACAGUGUACAUUGCCAGACUGGUUUCGAGGAUUGGACAGAGCAUGUUUACUAUCCGACCGGGAUCAACAAAGGUGACAUCAUAUUUCAAGGUAAGUUUCAAACCUAA